GGUCGCAGGAGAAGGCGCGAGAGCGCUCGCGGUGGCGCGUGUCCGGAUAGCCAGUCUAGCGUCGACCGUUAACCCUUCCGCAAGGGUGUGCGCGCUCCGUACGCUCCGGCUCCGAUUAACGUCAGUGUUGCCCUCGGGUUUCAAUCCCGCGUUCAAUUUACUUUACGCAUUCGGCAUCGUGUUCUCUUCCUGCUUCUCUUCCUAUCUUUUUUCUUUUUCUCCAUCUCUCGAACGAGAAGGACGACCGUCGAAGGACACUUCGACGCUUCACUCUCACGACACGGGUAUCGGUUGAGAGUUUCGUUUUCUCUUCCGUUCCAUCGGAAUGAACGGACACGCAAGGAACGAGCGACCGGACGACGAAGCCGAUGCCGCGUCGCUCGGCGCCGAUAUACUCAACCCCUUCGUGCAUCGGCUCGAACUUGGCUCGACCUACGACAAGCUCAAGACGAUAUUCUUGACAAUCGCCCUCUUGCCGUUCAGGCUAGCUGCCAUCAUGACUUUGAUGAUACUUGCGUGGCUAUUAGCUUGCUUAGGUUUGCAUGGAUUGUCCGAAGAAGAUCUUCGGCGAGCUCCUCUCACGGGCUGGAGACGCAAAUUAGUGCCAUGGAUAUGUUUCGUGGGCCGACUUACUUACCAAGCCGGCGGAAUGAAAAUCGUGGUCCGAGGAAAACAGGCUUCUAGAUCGGAAGCACCGAUUCUGGUCCUUGCCCCGCACUCGACCUUCAUUGACGGCGGCAUCGUUUACGUCACCGGAUUUCCUUCCAUCAUCGUCAGACGAGAAUCGGGAUUAAAUCCAUUUAUAGGAAAACUCAUCAACUACACGCAGCCAGUCUACGUCUGGAGGGAAGAUCCAAAUUCCCGUCAGAAUACUAUCAAGGAAAUAAUUGAAAGAACUACUUCUAAGGAGGAUUGGCCGCAGGUUAUGAUAUUUCCUGAAGGAACCUGUACAAACCGGUCGUGUUUGAUUACCUUUAAAUCAGGUGCCUUCUAUCCCGGUGUGCCAGUGCAACCAGUAUGCAUCAGAUAUCCCAACAAAUUGGACACGGUAACAUGGACAUGGGAAGGUCCUGGCGCGUUGAAAUUGCUGUGGUUGACGUUAACGCAGCUAAAUAGCAGCUGCGAGAUCGAGUUUUUACCCGUCUACAUUCCUAGCGAGGCGGAAAAACUGGAUCCCAAACUGUACGCAAACAAUGUACGACGUCUUAUGGCAGAAGCAUUGAAAAUUCCCGUUUCGGAUUACACGUAUGAUGAUUGUCGGAUUAUUAGAAAGGCCCAUCAAUUGCAUCUACCACACGCAUCUAAUAUCGUAAAAACCCAUAAACUUCGAUAUAAGUUGGGUUUAGUGGCAUCAAAGACGGAAGAAGAGCUCGUUCAGAAGAAGAUAAACAAUUUCGGCGAAGUAAACCUGCACGAAUUUGCGCAAAUUCUUAGAUUAGACGAAAGGGAUCCAACCACUCAGCAAUUGUUUCGUAUUCAUGACAGACUCGGACAGGGAAAGAUCGAUCUUGAGGAAUAUAUUUUCACUGUACUAGUAACAGCGAAUGCAUCCUCGGAACUAGACAAGGUCGAGAUUGCAUUCAAUGUAUGCGGUUCGAGAAUGACAAUGUGUUUGACGCAGGCGGAACUUAGAAAAGCCUUGAGGUUAUCAUUAAACAUGCCAGCAGAAGAAUCCAACAGGAUUUUUCAGCAGGCCAGAAAGCAAGACGUUCACACAGUGAGCUUCGAGGACGUUCUGGUACAACUAUCGAACCGAACAGAGUAUGCACACUUAUUCAUCGGGAGUAACGAAAAUUCGAAGAAGGCCAUUUGAAAGUGUCUUUUGGAGCCCGAUGUUUCUGAAGAACAUCGAGGUAUACCUUUUCAUAAUCCCAUCUGCUCCACUCCCGUAUGAGAAAUGUAUCUAAGGUACUUCGAAGUGAAACUAUGUUGUCGUCAGAAGUUGCAAUCGCACGUACGCGAUAAUUUAGACAGCUUUAGUGUCUUUCCUAUAAUCCUGUAAAUUAGAGGAAAUGAAUAAUUUAGUAAUAGGAGAACUUAGAAUUCUAAGAUUUGAGAAUUCUAAAUAAUUUUAAACAUUUGACAAUUUAGAAAUAUUUAUUUAAAAAAUUGUAGAAUCCUCGAGGAUGUGAAAAUCCAAAGAUACACAACAUGAUCUUAGAUUUCCAAGAUUGCAAGAGAUUUGAGGAUUUUAUGAUCUAGCGAUCGGAGAUACUAAAGAUUGACAAUAUCUUAUUCAAGAAUUUAAAAGCCUAAAGAUCUGAGAAAACAACCAUCUUUGUUAGUAUCGAUAUAUUUAAAGAUUAGAAUUUGAAUUCUCAAAAGUCUUAGAAUAUAAAUAUUCGAAGAUCUUAUGGAUUUUAUUUCCAAAAAUGAGGAUCUAAGAAUAUUAAAAUACGAAGAGGGAAAAAUUUCAACAGUCUUCUUGUAUAGUACACAUUAGUUUAAUGAUCCAAUCACGGAAGCUUCUUCCUGGCUCGAAAAGUUGAGAAGUUUCGAGUACAUUUAUGACAUAUAAUGCGAAUGUGAAUUUAAGACAAGAAAAAAUGAAGGGUAGAUAAUAAAUGGCAUAAUUUAUUUUUCGGCCCGAUAGUCCAUGCCACGUGUUAGAUACAGGCAUGCAUAUUCAAACACACAUAUAUAUAUAUAUAUAUAUAUAUAUAUAUACACGCUAAGUUAUGUACAUAUUUAUUAAAUACUGUAAAGUGACAUGUGUGUAUAGGCAAAUACACACACACACAUACAUAUACACAUAAUAUAAACCUAGCCAUGCAGGGAUUGUGCAAAUCGAUAAAUAUCGUCUGUAUGCACACUCAAGUGCAUUCAUGUGUGUACGUAUAUAUGUAUAUAGAAUGAGGAUAUGUGGGUGUAAUCAAAGAGAAAGUGUACCCACUUUGUAAUAUCUGUAUAUGAAUGAAAUGGCCAAAGUGUGUUUAAGAGCGCGCAUUGUUAGUAAUUAUUCUGAGUUAAAAACAUGUUGAGUUAUAGAAUGUUUUACUAUAAACCAGUAUGUUAAAAAUAACAGUAUUUAUUGAACAAAAACUUCUCUUAGCUUUUAUUGCAAUACAUACUAUAAACCAGUAUGUUGAAAAUAACAGUAUUUAUUGAACAGAAA